ACUCGAGCUGCGCUCGGCCGCUCAGUCGACCUGGUCGCGCGUGCUCGAGCUAACGGAGACUCAGCGAUCGGAAAUUCGGAGAGGACCGAUCCGGGAUCCGCGCGCGUCUCUACGCAUAGGCAGACGACACAGGACCUGUGUCGUGGCUCUCGUUCUCUCGUGGCCGCAGCCUAGGAACCCCAGUUGGUGUCAGCCAUGGUGACGGCCAAGGAGGCCAAAUUGCCCACGCGCGAGACCAUGAAUCCCUAUGAGAAGCCACCCAGCAUGUCCGUCAGCCAGGCCCUUCGCCAGUUCAUCUAUAACCCGCAGACCGGAGCGUUCAUGGGCAGAACUGCCAGUAGCUGGGGAAAGAUCGGCCUUUUUUAUCUCAUAUUUUAUGGAGUAUUAGCGGCCUUGGUUGCAAUUUGCUUUUGGGGAUUCUUUCAAACGCUUGAUCCACGAAGACCCACGUGGCAAUUGGAACGAUCAAUUAUUGGUACCAAUCCAGGUCUAGGAUUCAGACCAUUGCCGCCCGACGAAAAUGUAGAAAGUACAUUGAUUUGGUAUAAAGGAACUGAAAAAGGAAAAUACAAGCACUGGGUCGAUUCUUUAGAAAAGUUUUUACAAGUUUACCGAACACCUGGAUUGACACCUGGACGCGGAGCGAAUAUUCACAAUUGCGAUUACGAUCACCCACCUGGGCCGGGACAAGUUUGCGCUGUUGAUGUGAAAAAUUGGUUCCCCUGUACAGUUGAAAAUCACUAUGGAUACCACACGUCCUCGCCUUGUAUAUUCCUCAAACUAAACAAAAUAUUCGGUUGGAGGCCAGAAUUUUACAAUGAUACGUCAUCACUACCGGAUAAAAUGCCUGAAGAUUUAAAGAGGACAAUAAAAAGUAUAUCUAAUCCCAAUGAACGUAAUACAGUUUGGGUAUCGUGUGAAGGUGAAAAUCCUGCUGAUCAGGAAAAUAUUGGCCCCGUGAAUAUUCAUCCGCGGCUUGGCUUUCCGGGUUAUUAUUAUCCUUAUGAAAAUUCUGAAGGAUACUUGAGUCCUUUAGUGGCUGUACACUUUGAAAGACCACGAACUGGUGUUAUAAUAAAUGUUGAAUGCAAAGCAUGGGCAAAGAACAUUAUUCAUAAUCGAAACGAUAAACUGGGGUCCGUACACUUCGAGCUUCUUGUUGAUUAAAAGAAUAAUCUUAAUUUUGUGCUCAUUUAUUCAUCGAUCAAAUUUUUUCGGAUAAAAUUGGCAUCUAUGUCCUCGCAAUUCGAUGACGCUGUUUUUUCGUCUUGGAGUACAAAUGAAGAUAAAAGAAAAGGAAAAUCGAGAAGAUAAAAGAGCGAACUUGUUUCCUUCAUACGAUAAAUCUCAUUAUUGAUGAACAAAUAAUAAUUUAAUAAUUAUUAUCCUCUUUCAUGUUUUUCUU